AACGUGGGUCGAUGGUUUUUCAAUUUUCACAUAUCAACUUUUAAAAUUACCUAAAAAAGAAGUCUUGAUUUUCCUUAACAAAUUCAAACUCACUUCUGUCAGAAACAAAUUUUUAUUUGCCGAAGCCUCUUCAUGAAUUCUGAUAUCAUAUUAAUGGUGAACUGCGCGUAGAGAAUUGGUUCUCUCUCUCUCUCUCUCUCUCUUUCUCUCUCUAGAGCUAUUUCACCGUUACCCCUUCCUUUCUCUGUCUUCUUUGUGUGGGUUGGUUAAUUCUCUCUCUCUCUCUCUCUCUCUCUCUCUCUCUCUCUCUCUCUCUCUCUUACUUUCUCUCUCUAGAUUUCACUUUCUCUGCAAAUUCUCGAGAUUAGCGUCUUGAGAUAAAAACCAGGAGGGGGACCUCUGUUCCAACACCAUUCCAUUUUCUUUCGCAUAAUCACUCCAAGGAAGGAAAAGAAAAAAAAAACAAUCUUGAUGAGUGAGAGAGGAGGCUCUCAGUGAGAGCCUGCCUGUUCAUCAUGCAACCACCAAAAACCCACCAUUUUCUUUCCCACAAACAACCUCAACCCACGAUUUAGUCUUCUGGGAUUUGUUCCUUUUUUAUUACAGUGUGGGUUUGUCUGAAUGGCCCAUUCUACAUACAGAGAGAGUAACAGCAAAUAUCAACAACAAAUGGACCCUAGCAAAUAUGUGAGAUACACACAAGAGCAGGUGGAAGCUCUUGAGAGGGUCUACGCAGAAUGCCCAAAGCCUAGUUCUCUAAGGAGACAACAGCUCAUUCGAGACUGCCCUAUUCUUUCCAACAUCGAGCCUAAACAAAUCAAAGUCUGGUUUCAGAACCGCAGAUGCCGCGAAAAACAGAGGAAAGAAUCGUGUCGUCUGCAGACAGUUAACAGGAAGUUGAACGCCAUGAAUAAGCUGCUUAUGGAAGAGAACGACCGCCUCCAGAAGCAAGUCUCCCAGUUGGUUUACGAAAACGGUUUCAUGCGCACGCAGCUCCACACUGUAAGCACAACGACCACAGAUACGAGCUGUGACUCUGUGGUUAUGAGUGGUCAACAGCAACAUCAACAACAACAACAAAACCCCACAUCUCUUCAUCCAUUGAGAGAUGAUCAUAGCCCAGCUGGUCUUCUUGCAAUAGCUGAGGAGACCCUGGCAGAGUUCCUUGGUAAGGCUACUGGAACUGCUGUCGACUGGGUCCAGAUGAUUGGGAUGAAGCCUGGUCCGGAUUCUAUUGGCAUCGUUGCUGUUUCCCGCAACUGUAGUGGCGUAGCAGCACGAGCCUGCGGCCUCGUGAGUCUUGAACCCACUAAGGUCGCUGAAAUUCUGAAAGAUCGCAUUUCGUGGUUUCGUGACUGCCGUUCGCUUGAUGUAGUGAGUGCAAUUCCCGCUGGAAACGGAGGAACAAUAGAGCUUGUUUACAUGCAGAUAUAUGCGCCCACAACAUUGGCAUCGGCCCGCGAUUUCUGGACAUUGAGAUACACUACGAAUUUAGACGAUGGCAGUCUAAUGAUCUGCGAGAGAUCAUUGGCAUCUUCGACAGGUGGGCCCACCGCACCACCCGCCUCUUGCUUUGUCAGAACCGAAAUGCUUCCCAGCGGAUAUCUUAUACGCCCUUGUGAGGGCGGCGGAUCGAUUAUCCACAUUGUCGAUCACAUUGACUUUGAUUCUUGCAGUGUACCUGAAGUUUUAAGGCCUCUUUACGAAUCUUCCAAAAUCCUUGCUCAGAAGAUGACUAUGGCUGCUUUGCGCCACAUAAGACAAAUUGCUCAAGAAACAAAUGGAGAGAUACAGUACAGCGGCGGUCGUCAGCCUGCUGUUCUCAGAUCAUUAAGUCAAAGGCUGUGCAGGGGUUUUAAUGAUGCUGUCAAUGGAUUCGUCGACGAUGGUUGGUCAAUAAUGGGAAGUGAUGGUGUUGAAGAUGUAACCAUUGCUGUAAACUCAUCUCCAAGCAAAUUUACCGGCUCUCAAUAUAACAAUUUGUCUAUGCUCUCGACUUAUGGAGGAGUCCUCUGCGCACGAGCAUCAAUGCUUCUCCAGAAUGUACCGCCUGCCUUGCUUGUUCGUUUCUUGAGAGAGCAUCGUUCGGAGUGGGCCGAUUAUGGAGUUGAUGUGUACUGUGCUGAUUCGCUUAAAGCUAGUCCUUACGCAGUUCCGUGCGCAAAAACCGGUGGUUUUCCUAGUAGUCAAGUCAUUUUACCUUUGGCGCAGACAGUUGAAAACGAGGAGUCAUUGGAGGUGGUUCGUUUGGAGGGUCAUGCAUUUUCCCCGGAGGACAUUGCUCUGUCGAGAGAUAUGUACUUACUGCAGUUAUGCAGUGGGAUCGACGAAACUACGUCUGGUGCCACCUGUGCUCAGCUCGUUUUUGCACCGAUCGAUGAAUCUUUCGGUGAUGAUGCUCCUUUGCUGCCAUCUGGCUUCCGUGUUAUACCCCUCGAACCUAAAUCAGAUGGGGGCCCCACAGCGAACCGAACGUUGGACUUGGCUUCGGCUCUUGAAGUGGGCCAUGGCGGAGCUCGUUCCAGUGGUGAAGCUGAUGUGGCAAAUCAAAAUGUUAGGUCUGUGUUGACAAUUGCUUUUCAGUUCACUUUCGAGAAUCACUAUCGAGACAGUGUGGUUGCUAUGGCCCGCCAGUAUGUAAGAAGCAUUGUGGGGUCCGUUCAACGAGUUGCCAUGGCUAUCUCCCCUUCUCCACUUCACUCUUCCCAUUUAGUGCCAAAAUCUCUUCCCGGUUCGCCCGAGGCAGUUACUCUAGCACGUUGGAUUUGCAGGAGCUUUAGUGUACACACUGGUGGCGAGCUUCUUCAGCCCGAUUCGCCAGCUGGGGAUGCUGUUUUGAAACAACUUUGGCACCACACCGAUGCUAUUAUGUGCUGCUCUGUUAAAAUGAAUGCAUCGGCAGUUUUUACGUUUGCAAACCAGGCAGGGCUCGAUAUGCUGGAGACAACUCUGGUGGCAUUGCAGGAUAUAAUGCUCGAGAAAAUACUCGAUGAAGCCGGUCGAAAGAUUCUCCUUUCCGAAUUCUCCAAGAUCAUGCACCAGGGUUUCGCCUAUUUGCCUGCUGGAGUGUGUGUUUCGAGUAUGGGUCGACCCGUUUCUUAUGAUCAAGCGAUUGCAUGGAAAGUUCUGAACGACGAGGAUUCGAAUCAUUGCCUAGCUUUCAUGUUCAUGAACUGGUCUUUUGUGUAGUUAAUAAAUAGAUUAAUUAAUCCUUGUCUAUGCAGUGUACUAAAUAUAUAUAUAGCUGCAGCAGCUUAAGUUAUUUUGUAUCUUUAUUUUGACAAGAAAAAACACUUAUCUGUAUGACGUAUUGAUCAAGUGAGGGUUAUUUUGGUCAUUUGAAGUAGUA